AAAGUUUCGUUUAUUUUUAAAAAAAGUUACUAAGUUUUAUGCAACGUUUUAAAUUUUUGACAUUGAUACGUUUGCAUGACAUGUUUGCAUAAUAAAAGCAAAUCAAAAUCUUGGUUUAAGUCAUACUUUAAUAUGUUAAACUACCUAUUGGUACAUCUUAUUUAAAGUCUAGCAAAAAGGAGAUGGCUUUUGCCCAUAGUAAUAGAAACUUUUCAAAUAUACCAUCAACUUUACAAUAUAUCCAGCCUUUAAAUUGCGUUAUAUCGCCGUCAGAAGAGAUUGAAUUUGAAAUCAUUGAUAACCAUUCCGGAAAUAAAUCAAACACAUCUAAUAACGAUUAUAAAGAGGUUAUUCAGGAUUUAACUGUAUCACAGAACUUUUAUAAACCUCUUAUUUCAUUAUGGAAAUUGUUGUUACAAACACCUCUAAACUACAAACAUUUUUUGGAGCUGCGAGUUGUAAUGUUAAAAGAAGGAGUACUGAAGUUUAUUAUUAAUCUUUUGGAAGAUUUGGAAACUAGUAAAAAAAAAAAUUCAAAGCCAACUGAACAAUGCAACCCUGUCGUCUUUACUGGAAUUACUGCUAACAAUGUACACUACUGGGCAAAGGGCACUGGAUUUGGGACUGGGUCUUUGGCAUCAAAUUGGGAUAUAGGAAUGGCAUUAAGUGCAAAAAAGAAAGAAGAGAUGCAACUUAUGGUAAUUUUUCAGGUACUGGCAGCUUUUUUAUGUGAAGAAAAUAAGAUUUUACAUGAAACUUGUAUGAUCUUUGAAAACUCAUGUCUUACAGAAGUGCUCUCUGGCUUUCUUAGAAAUGAUUCUAUUUUCGAUAUGUCACAUCAUAUUGUGUUGUAUCAUGCUAUAUUAAAGUUAGUUAGGUCACUUGCUUCUUCUACAAUUACUCUAAAGCUUCUAACUGGAGUGAAAGGUAUGUCAAAAGAAAAAUCCUCCACAAUUCAAAACUUGUUACUAAAGCUAAAAACCUGUGUGGAAACAUACAACAAAAGACUUAAAAUAAACACUAAAAGAAUGAUCUCUAAAUCACGUGUGAAAAUUUAUAUAGGCGAAGAAAAUUUAUAUUCUGAGACUGACACUGAAGAGUUGAACAUUUUGCUUUAUCAUAUAAAAUUGACAUCAGAUUUUGUGCAGCAUAAAGCAGAUAAUAAAGAGCUGAGUGCAGCAAAUAAAAGUGACACUGUGGUUGUUUGUACAUCAGAAUCAAAUAAUGCAAAAAGCAGCGAACAGUUAUAUCUAGCUGUAAUGUCACAACUGCAAUUUGAUACUUAUGAAAUUAUUACAAUUAAGGGAAACGGUAUACUCCAAUUUAAUGUUCCAUUUUAUUAUGAAUCUACUGUACGCUCUGCUGCAAGUACUAAUAAUGACACAUCAAAUUCUUUACGAGCUCGCAGACUAGCUCAAGAGUUUGCAACCUUGUCAACUUCGCUGCCUUUAUCAUAUAGCUCGACUUUAUUUUUGCGAUGUGAUAGUGAGAGAUUAGAUGUUAUAAAGGUUCUUAUCACAGGACCUGAAGAUACACCUUAUGAAAAUGGUUGUUUUGAAUUUGAUGUUUACUUUCCAGCCGAGUAUCCAACUUCUCCAAUGAGUAUCAAUUUAAAGACUACUGGAAAACAAACCAUAAGGUUUAAUCCUAACCUAUACAAUAAUGGUAAUGUCUGCUUAAGUAUACUUAACACAUGGAGUGGCAGACCAGAAGAAAAAUGGAAUUCACAAACUUCUAGUCUUUUGCAGGUCCUUGUUUCGAUACAAUCUUUAAUUUUGGUAAGUGAACCAUAUUAUAAUGAACCUGGUUAUGAACAAAUGCGUGCUACUCUACAGGGUCAGCAAAACUCCCGUGAUUACAAUGCAAAUAUUCAGCAAGCAACAAUAAAAUGGGCAAUGGUCGAACAGAUUAAAAAUCCAACAUUAUGUUUUAAAGAGAUUAUUCACAAACAUUUUUUAUUGAAGCAAACACGUGUUAUUGCUCAAUGUGAGCGGUGGUUAGCGGAAUUACAGCUAAAAGGCAAUACACAAAGCUAUCAAUCUUUAAAUAUACACUUUGCCGAACUAAAGACCGAGUUGAUGAAGUUAGAAAAAAAUAGUGGCAAAUAAAACGUAAUUUUAAAUUAAUAAUCAAAAUUUCACAUUGCAACGGAGUUAUACUUGUAAAUAUUGCCGUUUUCUAGAAAAUAUAUAUUUUUUAA